CAUGGCGGAGGGGCGGAGCGUGGCGCAGAGGGUGCUGGAGCUGAAGGAGCGACUAGGGUGUGCCCAGGAUUCGGCGCAGAUCAUAAAAACACUUAAGAUGCUACAGGAUUUGGAUGUAUCACUGGAUAUUCUAGUGGAAACUGGCAUAGGCAAAACAGUUAACAGUUUUAGGAAACAUGCAGCUGCUGGGAAUGUAGCUAAAACCCUGGUAAAAGAAUGGAAAAAACUUACUUCUGCAGAAAAGAAAAGUGGUCACAGAGGAAGAAAACAAGAUACUGAGAAAGAUGAGAUAAAAUCUUCUGUUUCUAAGGAUAUUAAACCUUCAGAGAAGCCUGAAACAUCUGUACUGGCCUGCGGAAGUUCCAAUAGUGCUGCCACUUAUAAAAAGUUGAAUAAGCAGCGUGCUUGUAGUGAAAAGACCUCCCAAAAUAGAGAUACUGAGUCUCAAAAAGAAUGUGAUAAUAGAGAAUGUAGCAACACUGUUUCUAAGCAUGCUUCAGAGGGUACCAGUCCUCAAGCUAAAGAAAGCAACUUCAAAGACAGAACCUCUACAGGCAAUAAGAAAGUUUCAGAGAAGCAGCGUUCCUCUGCAGCCAAUAAAGACUUGUCACUCCUGAAAGAAAAGUGCAGUAAGGGUGUUUCCAAACAGAAAAACACUAAGCAGGGGAAGAAACCAAGCCAAAAGCUUUUCAUAAAACAAAAAGCCAGAUUAUCUAGUGAUGAGGAAUUUGAGCCCCCUACUAAAUCUUUUGAAUAUUAUCUUAAUUAUGAUCAAAUUACAAAAAAAAGGAAGAGGAAGACUUGUUCUACAGGUGAGCGCCCAAAGAAGUGCAGUGAACAGCAGGAGGACAGCUCAUUGCCACACAAGCCUUCACAAUUUUCUCAUGCAAAAGAGGAAGAAGAGGCUGUAAAAAGAUGUGAAGGUGAUCAAUCAGAAACUCCCACUAAAAAGGCCAAGGUGGCAUCCCUUCAAGAUCUUCUUAAUACUCCUCUGCCUAAAUUUCUGACAGGCCUCUCAAUCUCAUCUCCCCCAUAUGUUGCAGACUUUAAAGCAGCUGAUGUAGCAGCACCUCAGCAAGUCAGUGAGACAGUUCCAUUCACAGGACGGAGACUGAACAAUAAAAUGCAAGUUUACUCUGGCUCUAAAACAGCUUGCCUUUCAAAGAUGCUUACACUGUAUGAACUGUGCAUCCGUGAGCUUCAAAAUAAUAUUGAUUUGUUACGUGAAGUAGGAGGUGUGCCCUUUGAAAUUCUUGAGCCUGUGCUAACACGUUGCACACCAGAGCAGUUGUUUCGAAUAGAGGAAUGUAAUCCGACGUUUACAGAAGAGUCUGACCACUUGUGGAAAAAACACUGCCAGAGAGACUUUAAAAAUGACAACCUCCUGGAAUAUGAGUCUUGGCGUGAAAUGUACUUGAGACUAUUUAAUCAGAGAGAAGAAAAGCUGAAGUUGCUGACGCGAAGUAUUCUUUCAUCUCAGUCUGAGAAACCAAAAGGUAGGCAAGUAAAAAUGGCGUACAUGACCAGUGCAGCAAAACCACCCAGGAACAUUCGCCGGCAGCAGGAGAUCCACGGCACAGCAGAACCUGUCACCCAACUUCAUGCCAUAGCAAAGUACAAAACAAGGAUUCCAGAAGGUGGAGACAGAAAUAACACGGCGUCAGAUCUGAUCCAUACUAGCAACAAUGGAAACUCUAGGUCAAGUGUAAUGAGUCAAGAGGGAAAGAAGCCUAUCAAAAAAGUUGGUCCAAUCAUGAGGAAGACUUUGCAAGCAUUGAAGCAUAGAGCUGGACGGCGAUAAAAUGAGGCUGCACAUUUGAAGCUUAUGUGACUACUCGUAUAUCAACACUACAGCUAAUGAGGGUGAAGAAUGUUUACAUUAACAUUAAUUUGCCUUAAUUAAAAUAGUUAUGAAACAC